CGCUUUCAUAUUUUUCUACAUUCUCUUUUGUUUGGCAUUUUAUCUUUGAGCAAGAAAAAAAUUGACUGCAGCGAAGUUGGAGCAGUAGAAAUUCGUUUUUUUCGUGACACAUCUAAUAUUCGGUCGAGGUGUGGUUGUAAAAAUUUAUUAAAUUCCCCAUAAAUAUUAAAUAAAAAGCAAAAUUUAUUUAAUUAGUUGAUAAAUUCUAACUAAAGUAUUAAGUUAAUAUUAUAAAAAACAUAAUGGCUAACCGUUUACCGGCUUGUGUGAUUGAUGUAGGCACCGGCUAUACAAAAUUGGGAUUUGCUGGCAACAAAGAACCACAAUUUAUAAUACCCUCGGCUAUUGCUAUCAAAGAGUCAGCCCGUGUGGGCGACACCAAUACCAGACGCAUAACAAAAGGUAUUGAAGAUUUGGAUUUCUAUAUAGGCGAUGAGGCUUUCGAUGCCACUGGCUAUUCAGUCAAGUAUCCAGUCCGUCAUGGUUUGGUGGAAGAUUGGGAUUUGAUGGAACGUUUUUUGGAACAAUGCAUUUUUAAAUACUUAAGAGCCGAACCAGAAGAUCAUCAUUUUUUACUUACUGAACCUCCAUUAAAUACUCCCGAAAAUCGCGAGUAUACUGCUGAAAUUAUGUUUGAGACUUUUAAUGUUCCUGGUCUUUAUAUUGCUGUGCAGGCUGUUUUAGCUUUGGCUGCCAGUUGGGCUUCCAGACCAGUCGAGGAACGUACCCUCACUGGCAUCGUUGUUGAUAGUGGUGAUGGUGUUACUCAUGUCAUUCCAGUGGCUGAAGGUUAUGUUAUCGGUUCAUGCAUUAAACAUAUACCAAUUGCUGGUCGCAAUAUAACCUCCUUCAUACAGAGUUUAUUGCGCGAACGCGAAGUUGGUAUACCACCCGAACAAAGUUUAGAAACUGCCAAAGCUAUUAAAGAGAAACACUGCUACAUUUGCCCCGACAUUGCCAAAGAAUUUGCUAAAUAUGAUACGGAGCCGGGCAAAUGGAUACGUAACUAUACGGGCAUUAAUUCGGUCACAAAAUCACCAUUCACCGUUGAUGUUGGUUACGAACGUUUCUUGGGUCCAGAAAUAUUCUUCCAUCCGGAAUUUUCGAAUCCUGAUUUUACUAUACCUUUGUCGGAGAUUGUUGAUAAUGUCAUACAAAAUUGUCCCAUUGAUGUGAGACGACCAUUGUACAAUAAUAUUGUUUUAAGUGGUGGCUCGACAAUGUUUAAAGAUUUUGGACGUCGCUUGCAGCGUGAUAUCAAACGUUCGGUUGAUACACGUUUGCGUAUUAGUGAAAAUCUAUCGGAGGGUAGAAUUAAGCCAAAACCCAUUGAUGUUCAAGUUAUUACCCAUCAUAUGCAACGUUAUGCUGUUUGGUUUGGUGGCAGUAUGUUAGCUUCAACGCCUGAAUUCUAUCAGGUUUGUCAUACAAAAGCUGCUUACGAAGAAUAUGGACCUGGUAUUUGUCGUCACAAUCCUGUCUUUGGUACCAUGACAUAAUCACAUUUUACACACACAUCUAAUAUUAUUUAUUUUACUGUGAAUUGGUUUUUAUAACAUUAAUAACAGAUUUUCCUGCUUUUUAAAACUGUUUAUUAUAACAUUUGGUAUUGUAACACAA